CUACCAUGCCGUACGAUGGUAAUGUAUGCUCUAGUAAUAUAUUCUUUUUUAUAUUCCAGUUAAAUACGGAAAAUAGAAUAGGAGCAUUGGAAAGAGAAAGGUAUAUUUUAAUAAACGAAAGAAAUGAGGCAAUUGAAAGACUAGGAAAAAUGGAAAGAGAAAUGGAGGAAAUGCAUUAUAGAAUAGUGGUAUUGGAAAAUAAAACGGUAACCGUUAAUUUGUUAAAAAGUUAAUUUUUUAAGGUUUUUAUGUAAAGCACAAAAAAAAACACGUGAAAAAUCAAUUGUAUAAAGCACAGAACAUGUGUUGUAUUUAAUGUUACUAUAAAAUUGAACAAAAAUGUAAAUGCUAUUCAAAUAUAGUUUAGAUCUAUUGACGAAACUACUCAAGCAAUGGCUUUUGAUGGUAUUAAUUUCAAAGGUCAGAGUUUAAAAAUUAGACUGGUCCUCGGACGUGGUUCAUUAUUUACACAAGUUUGCCGUGUGCGGUGAGUCUAUGGGCCAUGACCAAAGAUGCUGGAAGCGGCGUACAAGCACUUGUUGGACACGAUACAGUCGUCCAGGAGGACGCUGAUGACGAUCGAUCAAAAGGACGGCAACGCGUCCUGGAAGGCCACGAUGGCCCGGGAGUAUCGCGCGCACGUCGACGUUGACUUGAACUUGCUGUGCGUCAAUGCGCAGGACGUGGUCAAAGUGUGGCUAGCGUCCGACUGGAGCUACAAAAAAUGCAUAUGCGCAAUUGGUCCAUGCCCGUCUGGUACUAGGUAUGUAAUGACGAACAAGAGUAAAAGUGCGACAAUGGUGACCAACGAAAAUGGUGUUUGCGUAAAGUGCGAUGACGUCGGGACGUGCGAAAGAAACGAUAUAGCAGAACUAACCUAA